AGCUUCAUGUCUCCGUCUGUGGGCGAGGAAGAAGAAGAAGCAGACUGCGCACUUUCCUCGUAGGCUUUUUUUGCAUAUCGACGGUUUUGAAAACAUCCUCUUGUUAAUGCUGCUCGAUGUUGCAGCGGGGAGCGGUUUUGCCGGAGGACCGCGGUGCCAUGCAUCGUGUUGGUUUUGUAUUUUUACGCAGCUUUCCAGCCUCUUCGUCCUCUCAUCAAACGGCGUCACAUGCAGCUGAAAAGCACUUUAAAGCUUCAGAUAAAAUGUGUUUGGGUGAAUGCCGCAGCCGACAGGAUUUGGAGCAGCACUGGAGGCCAACAUGCCCGGAUCGGAGGAUGUUUUUAUAACGCUUGCGAAUCACAUUUAGUCGAUUUAGGGCACUUAGCACACAUUUAAAGACUCGGCCAUGGGGGAUAAGAGCAGCCUGUCUGAGCAGAUAGGGAGUGUGGAGAGGAGCGUGGUGUUUCUCAGGCAGGAGCACCUCACUUUACUCCACGGCCUCCACCGUGAGAUCCUCUCCCUGCAGAAACGAUGCUCAGAGUUGACAAGUGAUCUAGAGGUGAAGCCUCCAGGAAGAAAUCAAAUAGAGUUACAGGAGGAAGAGGAGCUCCUGGAGAACCGCUGUUGGGACGUGGAGAGCCGUUUGGCCGAGCGGGAGUGCACCUUAGGAGAGCUUCGUCAGGAGCUGAGUCUCAAAGGGGCUUUGGUGGGAGCCCUCAGAGCCAAUCUCAAGGAAAAGGAGCGCCACUUCCUGGAGGAGCUCAAACACCGCAGCCACUGUUCCACCAUCCUUAACACGGAGCUGCAGAAACAAACCGAGGCAGCAGCGUACCUCUCCUUCCAGCUGCAUGCUGCCAGGCAGAAACUGCACCACCAGCGGAUGCAGCAGAGGCAUGGACUCCUGGCCCGGGCCAACUGUCAGGGGGUUCAGUAUGGGGCCGAGCAGAACUCUGUUUCUCCACAGAUGCCGUCAGGAGCCUCCCCUUCCUCUCCUGUGGUUAAACCCAAGCGUAAGAGCGCCAGGGUGUCUUCCAGAGUGGAGCGUGGCCGAGAGUGUGUGCCCAUAGAGAAGGUGAUGGGCCCUGCAGAGCCCACAGCGAUGCCGGACCCUGCACUCUUCCUCCACCCUCGAAGGCACAGGGCUCGCAUAAGGCACGCUGCGGCACAAAGACAGCCUCCACUGGGGCUGGAGCAGGAGGAUGGGGUGGAAGGAGGUGGAGAGGGUUCAGUGGAGCUUCAGGGUGAAGCUACCAGACUGCUGACUUCAACCGCGGCGCCCCCUGCUGCUGAGACAAAAGCAGAUUAGCGAGUACUGUGACCUGCACUUUAAACUGCAGUUUGAUCACUGUAUGAUUAUGUCAGACUGUUAAUGCUGUUAACUGUCCUUCUGCACCUUGACUGAAUUGAUACUGCGACUGGUUUUAGCUCUUGAAUUAUUAUAUUACAAUUAUCGUAGACUCUUUUCUAAUAUGGACUUUGAUAUAAUCUUAAACAACUUGCAAAGCAAAACUCAAUAUGUGUCACUUUAAGUCAGUCUUAAAUGAAGUUAGAUGAAUGAUCUGUUUACACUGGUGUCACAUGCUCAGUAUUUUGUGGGGCCUUAUUUCAAAGCAACCCCUUUUUGGAUCUAUGGUGAUGGUGAGUGGCCAUUUUAGGUGGUCCAACCAGCUGUGAGCUUUCAAGGCCAACCAUAAAUCAACCAUGUGACCAAACGUUUGUGUGGCCCCCGUCUGAGACACAGCUGAAAUAUCCGAAGUGGUAUGUAAGAGUCCUCCCUGUGAAAAAAUGUUGAUUUGAAGGAGGUGUGUUCCCGUUAUAAUAUAACUUUAUAAAUACAAACGACAGCCGAUUAGAAACAAUAACUUCCGUUAAAACACAAUAGAUCCCUUUUAUCUGUAUUACACCUAUGUAUACCUUCAACACAGUAAAUAAUUAUAUCUGAUAUGCCUGAAGGUGUGAAAAUAAUUUAUCAGGACACAUCGUUCCGGUGUUGUGUCCACAACAUCCCCGAUCGUUGUGUUUCUCCUUAACCGGACCCCUUCCUUUGUCCUAACCUCAAGCGAUUAUCUCUGUAACAACUGAGCAUACGUUAACGUAACCCUAACCCCAACGCCAGAGGGCAACGCUUCAGGAAACACUAUUGUUGGGGCAAACAGACUUUGACGCGAGACCUGCCAACGGUUGAAACAGUUUGAAAUCAGUGUUCACGGUAAUAACUGCAGAUAAAUGUAGCAACGAUAAUUAUGCUUUAGUUAGAUUUCCCUGAUACAAAUAAACUAACUAUGGGCGACCAUAGUGACCAAAAAACAAACUUUAAAGUUAGAUCACAAUUUGAACUCUACUAACUGAACUCCUUGUUGUGUGUUAUUGUUUCAUUAAUACUUUAUUUCAGACCUUAGGUCCAUUUGAAAAAUAAAGAAGAAUAACAACAUUACACAUAUAAAUACAUAUCACAAUAACACUUUAUUUAAAUAAAUGAUCGCAUGCAUAACACACAUUGUUGUGAUAAUCUUAUAAUACAUUGCAACUUAAUUUGUGUAUUCUUUUUUUUUCUCUUGAAAUUGUAAUGUCGUUUUUUUUAUCAGUGAUUGUCGCUGUAGGUGGAGGACCAAUCAGACAGCAGCUGUUUUGGCCACGUGCAAACUUUACGCCUUACUAUAUUUAGCCUGUAUGUUUCAUUUUAAGGAAUACAAAAUGUACACAUAAUGCACAUACACGUAACGGCUCAGUAUAAACAGGUUCUAACAUUGACUCAGGUGUGGUUUGUGUACUGAACACACACACAAGACGACCACUUCAACUAGUUUUUGUUUGAGGAUGUUUUGUUAUGGUUUCUUUGCACCUCAGGAAAAACAGAUGACUGGAGGUUUAGGUGUGUGACGGGCUUUUGUUCUUUUUCCAUUUUACACAAAUUCCCAAAGUGAACACCAUCGACAGUGACUGAGUACUGUAAAUGAGGGUGGGCUGUGUGUUUGUGUGUGUGUGUGUGUGUGUGUUCUCUGUCAUCAAAACACACGCACAUGGUGGCCCCUAGUGUAACAAUGAGCAAAUAGCAACUUGAAAAAAGCAGUAUAAGAAAUGACCACUUUAAGUGAUUAUAUUUUAAUGUAGGACAUAUUUUUUCUUGAUCUCCAUAUUAUGCUUCAUUUUGGUCCAUUCAGUACCCCACUGUAGUUACUGCCUUAUAGUAGAGGAGCUGUGGAUAUAAGAAAAGCAGUGCGGAAACUUAAGAUAUUUCUAGAUACUAGUAAGCAUUGUGUCCUUUUGUUUCAGAAACACUUUUAUAAGACUCUUUGGGAUUUGCAUAUAAAGGUUUACUCAAAUGUCAAGUGGCACCUCAGUUAUUUUUGAUUCAAAGUUGUGUCACAGUUGACUUAUACUUGAGCCAUGACCUAACUGAGCAUCAGUGUCUUUAAACGAGCCUUCCUGUAAGACUGAAUUUAAUUGCGAUUAGUUGCUGUGAGGCUUUUCUCGCCUUCUACAGCGACUGAUACAAAGUUUAGCAUUAUGUUUUAGCAGUAUAACCUCAAUAAAGCAAUAUAUCAAUAUAUUUAUAUAUUAUUAAGUAGGUCACGUCAGCCGGUUUAAGGACACUUGAGGUGUUAAAUUAGAUUUUAUGAUUGUUUAACUUUGUAUUUUGUAAUUGUUGAGCCCAGUAUGUUUUGCUUAAUAUUUUUCUGAAUUGUCAAAUAGAUUGUUUCUGUUGAUUGUCACUGAAUCUGUACAUGAUUAAUUGAUAUCUUACAGUUUAUAGGAGUCAUCAAUGCUGCAUGUGAAGCAGCAUUUUGCAAUUGGGCAUAUUAUUAUGCCACAUGAGACUGCCUGGAUGAAAACGAACUAAACCUAAACUAAAGUCUCAUUUUUAGCCAAAAUGCAAAUGUGACUAAGGUUUUCUUUCAACCCUCAGCUGGUAAGCCAUUAGCAUGACUGUGUGCACUCUUCUUCCUCAAGUUUUUUUAAACAGCAGGGGAUAAAAGUACGAAGCCGUCUGGUUUUUUUUCUCCAACAGAAAUCCUGAACUUAGACUGUUAGUUUCCAUCCCACCACAUGUCAUCCAAAAGGAAGCGGCAGGUAGAUUAAACUCUCCAUCCACCUCUCAUAAAUAUAAUAACUUAACAUCCUGCACAUCUCAGAUGAUCUUGGUAUUAUGUGACAACUUGGAUAUGUCAUCCACAUGCAGGUUGCUGUAUGCAGCUCCAGAGAUUGGUGACUUGUUUGUCUGCUUUGAGGGGAAAUGCUAAUGCUCCAAAGAGGCCCACCACUAAAAUUAACAUGAAGACGAACGGUGUGAUGCCUUAAUGAAGAUGUCAUGAAUAUUUAAGCGUAAAAUACAGUAAAUCUUCCCGCCUGAUUUUUUACUUUUCACUGUCUUCCAUCUUUCUGAACGCCUUUAUAAUAACCCUACUCCUCAUAGUAAUAAUGAUAACAAAUGUCAGCAGCUUCUUAUCCUGGUGGAGGUUGGAUCAAUUUAUUUAGCAUUUUAGAGAAAUAUUUCAGCGGACUUCAUGCGGCACCAUGAAGCAUCUUGUCUGACAUGUGAUGUGGUUUCUAGCAAUAAUGCGGCGUGGCACCCAACAUGGAGACGUUGCUCUGGGUCGUUGUUGUACGAUGGUUUGGUUCUCGGAUGAGCAUAAACUGGUGACUGAUUACCGCAUAUACUGUGUUAGCUUCCUAUAGUGAUCUACUGUACACGUAAUUGGAAUAAAAUGAAGGAUUGUC